AUGCAGCUCUUUCGCAAUAUAACUGCGCUGCUCAGCUUAAUCGAACUAUCACCUAUUUUUCAACAAUUCAACCAAGCGGUCACGGAUAUUUGCAUUGCAACAGCCACGGAGCAGAAAAUUCGCACCUUCAUCUACACGAGCAUCGGGAGUACAAAUUGCGGUACACACAGCCACACCCACUUAAAUGUGCCACUCAUCUUGCACACACUUCACACUCAAAAUCCAACAACAGCCGUCAUCAACAUCGACAAGCGUACGCCCAUCGAGCGCUACAGCGAGCAAUUCAAUCGUAAAGUACUUAGUAUUGUGCAACUUAGCCAGAACAAACCUAGAGAUGAGCAAUUGUUGCAGUCACUGUGGAAACGUAUUUACUUGAAUAGACAGAGUGCGCUUAUACUGCUCUUCGAUGAUAGGGCCACUGAAGCAUAUGUUGCGAUGAUCCUUAAAUUCUGUGCAGAACAGCGCGCACCGAAUGUCAUCGCUUUGCAACCUCAUAUGGCGCUGCAGGAACGUAGCUACUGGACAUUGCAAAUAUUUCCCAUUCAGAAAACUGUUAAACGAACAUUUCAACCAUUCUACAGAGAUCUUUUUCCCAAACAUCUAAAAAAUAUGCACGGACAUCCUUUACGUGUAAUGAACAAUUAUUGGUAUCCACAGUUUUACAACUAUACACCUAAGCAAGGACCAAAGAGGCUUAGUGGUUAUAGUGGCAGAGCUUUAACGGAAUAUGCGCAUCAUCACAACGCCACAAUUCAGUCCGCAUUUGACCCCAGGACAAACUCUUCUCCCAUUUAUGAAGUACGUGAAGCUUUGGAGGCUAAUGUGGCAGACAUUGGUAUACUUUUACCUAUAGAACUUGGUGAGCAAAAAUUGGGUUCUACAUCUGUUGUGCGACGAACAAAUUGGUGUCUUAUGGUACCAGUGGAAGCUCCAAUACCGGCAUACACUUUUUAUUACAGUAUAAUGGGCAAGUGGGUCGUUUCUUUGUUUUGUGUCAGUGUAGUAUUGAUCUCCUUGAUUUGGGCACGAGUGUCUCACAGGCAGCCUCAACAGCAACAGCCAAUUAUCGAGAACUUUGUCAAUGUAUCGGUGCUUCAAGGUCUAUUGGGCAUGCCGUUUUGGACAAGGAAGUCCCUUUCAACCAUUCAUAAAAUCAUAUGCAUUAACAUCUCAUUGGCCGGUGUCAUCCUGGGUACCGCUUACAGUACUUACUUGCAGAGUUUGAAUGUGAAUGCACCCAAAGAGCCCCCCAUGAAGACUAUUGAUGACGUACUAAAACGCGGACUCAAGGUCGCUGUGGGAAAUAGAGCUGCACAUUGGAUAAAACAUUUCACGGACUUCGAUAAAUACCUUCCAAAUUUCACAUACUUCAGCAAUUCUACCGAGUUACUAGUGCUACGAGACAAAUUAGAUACUAGUUAUGCGUUUCCGGUCUCCGAUACGUGGUCCAUAUACAAUGAGCAACAAAAAUAUUUCUCGCAACCGCUUUUUCGCUUAUCAGAUAUUUGUUUGGGAAGAGACAUUCAAUUGAUACUUCCUCUGCAGAAAGACUCGAUUUAUAGUGAAAGUUUGGAUAUAUUUUUUUUAAAUCUGCACCAAACUGGAUUUAUAAUUUACUGGUUGCGUCACAGCUUCAUAGAGUUAUUGGAAAUGGAUGUGAUUUCUUUAGAAGAUCGAAAUAAGCAGCCUCUUUUCGUGCCACUGAAAUUGGAGGACUUGCGUUUGGUCUUCAUGGGAAUGGGUGUUUUACUUUCUUUGAGCAUUUUGUGUUUCGUGUUGGAGCUAUUUUGGAGGAAAAUUAAAAAUCUGUUAAAUGCGAUUAAGAAAGGGAUGAGAAAUAUAAUGAAAAUUGCCAAGUAG